AUAUUAGAGCCACUGCUUACUUAUUUUCUCACCCUAAACGAGCAAGCUCUCACUAUAACAUAAUAUCACACUCGUUUUACCCUUCACCUUUGUUUCUCAUUUUCUCAACUUCUGCUUUCUUAGUUCCUCACUCGAUCUUGCCACUAAACCAUGGCUAGGCUGUUACUAUUUGCCUUGUGUGUGCUCCCUUCACUUGUUAGCGCAUGGAGAAUGGGAAACCCUUUCCAUGUCCGAGGCCGCGUCUACUGUGACACUUGCCAGUGUGGCUUCGAGACAAAAAAAACUACUUACAUAUCAGGUGCAACGGUUAGAAUUGAAUGCAAAGACAGAACAGACUUACAACUUAGAUACAGUAUGGAGGGUGUGACAGACUCAACCGGGGCAUACAAGAUUAAGGUUGUGGGCGACCAAGCGGACAGGAUUUGCCAUGUUGUUCUUGUUGAUAGUCCACUGGCUGACUGCAAAACGGUACACCCAGUACGCAACCGUGCUGAAGUUAUUCUAACCCGUUCCAACGGUGCCAUUUCUGAUCUUCAUUACGCUAAUUCCUUGGGGUUUGUGAAAGACGAGGCAUUGCCUGGGUGUGCUGAAUUGGUCAAGAAACUUCUAGAAUCCGAUGAAUAGAUCAACAAUGAACAUUCUUGAUAGGCUACCUAGUCCCAUCUUUUAAUUACUUAUGGUGUUCUUCUUGGUUUGAUGUUUAUUUAUUUGGUAGCUUGUCUCUUAGCUCAUGAGACUACAUAUGAUGUCAUUGUUUGCGCUCACCUAUUUUGUUUUGUUUUCAUCUACUUGAUCAAUAAUACUAAAUUUAUGA